AUGCAAAAUAAUGGCAGUGAGAACGUCGCUAUUUUCUGGGACUACGAAAAUUGCCCUGCUCCUAGUAACAUCUCUGGCUAUGAGAUUGUGAAAGGGAUUCGCAGCUUGGCCCAGCUCUAUGGAAGCGUCAAGCUUUUCAAGGCUUACCUUGAAAUUUCGUCACUGGAGUCAGGGUUAUUGACACCACGGUUGCUUACUCUCACUUCAGAAUUACAAUCAUCAGGGGUCUCUUUAAUUCACUGUCCCCACAACGGCCGAAAGGAUGUCGCUGAUAAAAUGAUGUUGGUUGACAUGCUAAGUCAUGCAAUCGACAACCCAGCUCCCACCACAAUCGUUCUAAUUUCCGGGGAUCGCGACUUUGCUUAUGCUAUAUCCGUUCUGAGACUCCGGCGAUACCAUGUUGUUUUAAUUACCCUUGCCAACGCCCACCUAAGCCUAACAUCUCAGGCGUCUGUCUGUCAUGACUGGUCUUCUGAUAUCCUGGGGGUUGCUCAUCCUUCCUCCCCCUCUACUCCUGGGAAAGAAGCAAAGACUUGUCCUCGUUCACCUCCAGUGGUUCGGGGACUAACAAGUGCAAUAAAUCCACCCACGUCGCCACUUGGGUCUAAAUCUCGAAAUAUCCCAAAUAGUCAUGAAAUGAAUGAAGUUGAUAUUGAUCUCACGAAUUAUAUUCUUGACAAGCGCCAGAACAAUUCUAAACAGCAUACCGAGGACGAUUUUCACCGAGGACCGUCUACUGUUCACUUUAUUAGCAGUGAACCUAGUACUCCCUACUUUCGAGGAGGGGUUCAACAACUUUCCCUUCCUUCAGUUAUGUCUACUCCUAGAAUUGAACUUGAAGGCGAGGCUGUCCCGGAUGAUGGUUUAAAAACGCCGGUGGUAACACCAAGAACUCCCAGUCGCAUCCUGGAAAAUUCUUCCCAUCCUCCAAUGAACCCAGAAAUCCUAACCCCGGCCCCUCCCUCACAGGGCACUGUCGGUGGUGCAAAACCAAUUGCACCUAUUCGGCCAGAUCUACCUGAUUUUCUUCGACCUGCUUCAGUAGCUUCAUCCACCACUGCUGUCGUGCCGGUGACAGUACCACCACCCAAAACUGAGGGGUGGCAGGUGAAGAUUGUACCACCACAGUUCAGGACUCUCGUUAAUACCCUUGAGCUUCACCGCUCAAAAGGGUUUCCGCGUCCUUUCCGUUCGGGAAUAGCAUUUGAACUGGCACAGAAAGAUCAUAUGGUCUAUAAGAAGGCUGGAGUGGAGAGAUUUGGGCAAUACGCCACAUUGGCUGAGAAAGAAGGGAUAGUGGCACUUGGGGGGAAAGAGGGAGGAGCUUGGAUUGGCUUGCGCCCUGAGUGGUACGGAGCCAUAACAUUUCUCCGUCGUAAUUCUAUUGACACAGAGGAACCAGCCAUACCACCAGCAUUGCACAACCGAGGGUCCUGUGGAAUCCACGGAGAGGCUCCAAAUUGGCAACAUCUGAUUGAAACACUCUCUUGUUUACAGUCUAUUGUAGGGGAGAGGCUACUGCGUUCGCGUGUGGGGUUGGAACUUGUAUCGCGAAAGGCAACGGUGUACAGGGAUGCAGGAGUCAAAAGCUUUGCUGAGUAUGUCUCAUUAGCCCAGACGAAGGGCAUCGUACAUCUCGGAGGUAUAGAUGGUCAUGCCUGGAUAAGGCUUGACCCCUGUUAUGCACAAGCCAAAUGA